ACUUUAAAUUGAUGUUAGCAACGCAAAAAAAAAGGCCUAGACCAAGUGUCGAAUCUUUCAAGUUUCAUGCUGUUUGUUCCACAUCGUUGUUGGCCAUUAAUUAUGGACGGAUGAGAACAGAGUUAUGCUUUUUUUUUUAUGGAACACGGAUCAAUAGGAAAGACAGUUGAAAAAAAAUGAGAAUGAGGAGAAAUUUGUCAAUGCUUGACUUCACCACGCCAAAUCACCACGCCAUUCACCACGACGGAUCAGACAAGACAUGGUGAAACUAUUCUCCUGAAGAGUUGACUAUCAAACACUUAGACAAGAUGGGUGCGACGGUUGGCGCGGCCCUGAGGCGAUACCUGCAAUGUCAGUGCUUCAGCCUGGGUUUGAUGGAGUCAGACGACUCGGAAUGGCGCAAACAGAACGAGAACAAGAACCCCAUGUAUGAUCUCCUUUACUUCAGCGGUCAAGGGACGCUGGUCCAAUGUUAUCUAAACAGGAAGAGCGAUGCUGAGUUUAUAGCACAGAUCAGGAAGGAAGUAGGUCCCUACCUCUACAACGACGGUCAAGGGAAGACUAUCAAUGAAUGGGACUACAUCCAAUAUCGGAAAAACAAUGUUGAUCAAAAGAAGAAAAACAUAAUGGACGCCAUGUCAGACCAGGAGCUGAUGCUGGAGUUCCACGAGUACCAGCAGGUAGCCAUCAACCGGUUCACGGAGCACCAAGCCUGCUGGGACCUGUGCAAACGAGGCGAGGUCGGGGAGACCAUCCUACACCUGUGUUAUCUCAAUAACACCAAGGUCCAUCGAGAGAUUGCACGGUUCCUGCUAGAGAUGUAUCCCAAGCUGGCACUGGAUGUCUACGAGGGGGCUGAUUAUUAUGGUGAAAAUGCAGUCCACAUGGCCAUUGUCAACAAGGACAUGGAAUCGGUCAGGCUCCUGGUCGGUCAGUACAACGCCGAGCUGGACCGACGGGCUACUGGCCGCUUCUUCCGACCCAACGACUUCAAAGACCCCAAACAGAUCAAACUCAAACUCUCUAACUAUGAAGGGGAUGUGUACUUUGGAGAGUACCUCCUGGCGUUUGCAGCCGGCGUGGGGAGUACGGAGAUUUACGACUAUCUGAUCAACGAGAGUUUGAAGAAACGACCCGGCCAGGGACAGGUCAAUCCUAACGCUAAGGACUCGUAUGGGAACACCGUGGUGCAUAUGGUCAUUAUUCACAAUCAAAAGACGAUGUUCAAGCACGUCAUCCAGCACAGCAAGAUGCCAGCCAACUACCACAUCCCCAACAAUGCCGGUCUGACCCCCUUAGAGCUAUCCUACCGCCUGGGCCGUAGCGAGCUAUUUGCCCGCCUUCUGGACCUAGCCAGCGAGACACAGUGGGCUUAUGGUAACCUGGCUUACGUAGCCUACCCACUAGGCAUGCUGGAUACGAUAGGAGAAAACGGUGAACUCAACAAGCACUCGGCUCUCCGAACAAUCAUCAAGAAAGACGACCCUUGGCACCUGAAAAUGUUGGAAGGUCAAGUCAUCAAUCAACUACUGCAGGAGAAAUGGAAGAGAUAUGCAAGGGGGCGCUUCAUGUUCAAGUUUGUGUGGGCAUGCCUACAUCUGACCCUCCUGAGUCUGUCCGUCACCUUUCGACCAGCUGGAGAUUUACUGUCAGGGGAUGACAGCAUUACAAAGUUUCGCUACUUCACCGAGGUGUGUGUCAUCAUUGGCUGUGUUGCCAAGACAGCGGUGGAGGGCAUUGAGAUCAGAUCCAGAGGCUCGUUACUGGAUUAUAUCAAAAGUCUGUACGUCCUGCCAUUCAAGGGUCUCUUCAUGUGUGCCAUCAUCAUGUUAUACAUCUGCGUCCCGUUACGGUUCCUUGGUCUUCGUCAAAUGGAGGACAUGCUUCUUAUCAUCAUCAUGCCGUUCUCUUUCGCCUACAUAUUGUUCUUCUACAGGGGCCAUGAGAAGCUGGGGCCGCUCAUCGUCAUGAUAGGCAAGAUGACAAAAGGAGACGUCAGUCGCUUCGCCAUCAUUUAUGUCAUAUUCAUCAUCAUAUUCGGGGAAGCUUUUUUCUACCUGUUUAAAGGCGUCGAUCCAGAAACAGCCAAAGAUUUUCAGAGUUGGAACGGCUCAUUUAUGAUGGCCUUCCUCAUGGCUUUUGGAGAUUUCCCAUAUGAAGUCUUUGGAUACUCCCGCAUCGGCUGGCUGUCACAAUUCAUCUUCUUCAUCUUCAUGCUGCUGGUGCCAUGGUUACUGGUCAACAUGUUGAUUGCCAUGAUGGCCAAGACAUACCAACAGGUGGAGGAGCGCUCCAAGAUGGAAUGGAAGAGACAGUGGGCCAUGCUUCUCCUGAACAUCGAGAGGUCCAUCCCCAAAGGCGAGUUGCAAAAAUACCAGAAGGCUUACUCCACGGAGAUGAGAAUGCCUUACAAGGAAGCCCUCAGGAAGGGGUUGAUACAGGAUACGGAGGAAGCAACGGGUAAAGCAGGAGGGACUAUCAUCAUCAGCCCUGACGAGGGGGAGGCUCCGCCAAUCCCCAAGGGUCGCCGUAUCAUGUACAAAUCCUGGAAGAAGGACGACCUGAACGUACCUCUGGUGCCGAUAACGAGAUCGGAGGGGCCCAUUGAUGCUGAGAGUGGGACAAGAGACAAGGAAUAUGUCUGCAGGGCGCUGUUAAUUCAGACGGUACUGCCCAAGAGUCGGGCCAAAGCAAGGAGGGAAGCUCUGGUAAAAUGGAGGGGCGCACUGCGGAAAGUCAUCAGAGCCAACAGAAACGCCAAAACUCUCCUGCAGCAAUCGAGGGCCAAAGUGGUGCGCACACCUCGCGGUGUCCGCAGUGCCUCGCGUGCCUCGGUCACAUCCACGGUCCCGCCCACUCCUUUCUCCAAGGUCCCGCCCACUCCCCCUCUCCUCCCAAAGGUCCCUGAACCUUUGCCAUCGGCAACCAGCGGCGAGGUCGUGGGGUCAACUGACCAGGGUCAUGAGGUCACUGAUGAGGUCGCAGAGGUCAAGAGCCCACGAAAACUGCCACCAUUGAAGAGGCGAAAGAGCAGAGCCAUUCUACCUCCAGUAGUGUAAUUUGUGGGUUUUUAAAGGUACAUUUACAUUGGAUCAUUUGCAUUUUGUGCAAUUUUGUUUGUUUGAAGCAACAAAAUUACUCAAAAUCUUAAGAGGGAUGGAUAAAAACUAACUUGUUGAACUUUCAGCUCAGUGGAUACUGUACAGGGUGGUAUAAAAAGAAGGAAACACACUUUUGACAG